AUGGAUCAAGCGAGUAAAAAUAGUGACAAAUUAGAACAAACUGGAACAAUGAAAUUGAUACAACUGAAAGAUGAAUUGAGGAGAAGGAAAUUGAAAACCUGCGGUAACAAAAGUGAAUUACAGAAUGGUCUGAGAGUCGCACUAUUGCUGGAAACCGAACAUGGAGAAGAUGAAGAAAGUGAAGAAGAAAAAGAGGAAACCGAUGAAGACGAUUGUGAUCAAAAUUUGCAUGUGCGCGUGAGUGCUAGUAACAGACAUGAACAUUUACUAACAUUUCGAGAUGUCAAGGAGUCUAUGAGUGUUUUCAGCGAGUUUGAAGAGAUGGCCGAACUUUGUAAUUGGACUGAUGUCCAAAAAAUCAUUUAUGCCAAAAGACUGUUACGUGGUUCAGCAGAAAUGUUUGUGAAUUAUGAAAAUUGCUGUAAAAGUUGGAUAAAAACUUUAUGGAGGUCCCACCCAAACUUAUCGUUAGAUAAGGGAAUGAUUUCAUGGCGUCGUCGCCUAAAAUUCAGAGUGUAUAAUCCCAUGAAUAUAGUUAAAUAUGAAAUUUUAAAUAGAAUGGUUAUAUAUAUAUAAUUUCAAAUUAUAUUCAGGUGAAAGCAGUAAUUUGCGGAAUAUUAUAA